AGAAUUCUCAACUAGUAAAUCAGGCACGCCAUGUGUUUCGUAAAGGCUCCUCGUGGGUCUGCUACUAUUCCUACUACUCAACUCACUGGUGAACAGCAACAACCAGUCUGUGAAACCCCCUUCUUCAACAAUGAUGCCACUCUAUGGGGUGACUUUUCUUCCAUUGAUUCACUGGGUCAGUCCAAUUCCGCUGAUCUAGCUAUCCCCCUAAACCUUGCCGUAGGACCGUCCAUGGGCUUCUCCAACUACCACUCUGCUGAUACUCAAUCCAGUCCAUUGCUUGGGGUUGAUAACACUACUGCAUCAGAUAGCCUUGCAACACUGGACUCAUUAUCAAGUAAUAAUCUUGAUAUUUGGCUAGACUUGUUGUCUUCCAGUGACCUUGGGCCUGUUGCCAAGCCGCUAUUUCCUGUAGAGGCCAGCACUCCUCUGGCAGCCUCCACUGGUGAGCCUGCUCAGACUUCUCCUGUCGCUACUACUCAGCAGAAAUACCAUUACAAUAAGCAGCUUCCAACACAUCCCAACACAAACAUGCUAGGUGGUGCUUUGCUUCCUUCUCCUCCAGAGUCUACUUGUCCUCUGUCACCGCUAUUACCUAUCAAGGUAUGCUCCACUACUCCCACUGCCUAUUCCAGAAGUGCAGUGUCUUCCAUGACCCCUGCUUCCUCCUUCCUGCCCAUGUCUGCCAUCCAGCAUCCAUCUAUACACCAACAAUACUCACAGCACAGCCAGUUGCAUCAGCAGCGCCAAUCACAGGCCGAUGCUCACUCCACUGCAACAACUGUGUCGGCUGAUGCUAAAAUUUCUCAAACUCUCCCUGUAUCCUCCACACCUCCUCUUACCAAACGCAAGACUGACGAAGAUCUGGCUGCUCAUGACGAUGCCUAUAACGGAUCGAAUCCUUUGGCGGUCAAGCGUGCUCGAAAUAACGAGGCCGCUCGUCGAUCGCGAGAACGAAAAAUGAAAAAGCUUGUGGAACUCGAAGUCCAAGUCACUCAUCUUGAUACUGAAAAAACUGACUUGCUUGUCCGAUUAGCAGUACUUGAAAGCGAACGUACUACUUGGAUGCAUCGUGAGCGUGAACUGGCUCAUCGGGUUCUUGCUCUUGAAACCCAGCUAAGCGAAUCCCAUCGUGCUUUAAUGCAUGUUGGUCUCAACCGAAACUCUCAUGAAUCUACCCAUUUCUCUGCUACAGAUUCAUGAACAAAUCCCUGUUUUUAUAUCAAUCUUUGGCAGUAUGGCCUCCAUUUAUCUUUUCUAUUUGGUUGUCGUUUUUUUCUCGUCUUUACUUCCAACUUUAACAAAUCUGAGCUACUUCAGUUUACUUGCGAAUUGCCAGAGUAGUUUAUUUUUUUAUCAGCUUGAAUCCAUAUAAGCCAAAAUAAAACAUUCAUUUUGCAAAUACUUGGCU